UUAGAUAAGUCUGAUAUACAAAGAUUGAUGGCACGCUCCGAGAACAACGAUAUCCUUAGCCAAGCGCUGUUGUAUGAUGGGAGGUACGAUGAAAACUGGAAGGGUUUAUCCAAUUUGACAGGUAAAGAAAAAAGGGGGUUAAAGAACCGGAACGGAUGGGUUCGACCUCUCAGUCGGAUUUGCGAGAAGACUGGAAUUGACGGUGCUUUUUUUAUAAAGAAUUCUAACGUAGAAUUGACAGAAGCACGAGAUUUUGUAUUGUUUCAAAGACUUACGACCCCACAAGUGUGUUUUCACCCUGUUUCAAAAUUUCUUUUUUUCGAAUACGAAUGGGAUGGAAAAGCAAUCCAGAGACGUAUGAUUCAUUAUUUGAAAUGUACAGAAAAUGAUCGGGAUAGACUAGCCAUAAAUGGACAGUAUUACAAUAACAUUUAUUUGGGUAAACGUAUGUAUGGGCCUGGAAGAAGGCAGAAGGUUGUGCGGACAAUGAUCGGCGGUAUGGAGCACAGAUUUGAGGUUCUUGACAGUCCGAUCAAUCGGAUUAUUUUCACCAGCGAAGCAUUUCAACGUAAUUUGGAAAAGUGCCGCAACAAACGUGUUAAAUGUUGCGAAAGUACCCGUGUCGUUUUACAUUAUCCGGAGAACUGUAACAACGAUUUUAUCCACGCCAAUUAUGUCAAAGGUGGCCCGUUGUUCAAUGAUUUUAUCAUCACUCAAGCUCCUAUGGCAAAUACUAUUGGCGACUUCUGGCGCAUGGUUUGGCAAGAACAGUCGCCGUAUAUUAUCAUGUUGAUCAGUCGUAAGGAGAAAAACAGAUGUGCACAAUAUUGGCCAAAAACUGUGGGCUCGUCUGUUAAGUGUUACGGGUUAAGAAUUAUCAACGAGGGCGUCGACGAUUAUCGUCAUCCAUUAUUUCGAGUGACUUCAAUACUGGUAGUUGGUCCAAAUGGCAAAGAGCUACGAGUAGAACACUGGCAGGGCGACUUCAACAACUCUGAUAAUUUGGCUGCUCCGUUACAACUGCUGCAUCUGAUUCGUAAUUGUUCUAGACCUACGAUAGUUCACUGUCACCUUGGUAUCAGCCGAAGUGCUAUUUUAGUUGCUAUUGAACUAUGUGUAGCAUCUAUACUAAAGGGGCCAACUUAUAAACACCUGGUUCAAAAAGCUGUUUACUUUUUACGGACAAAGAGACCCUUUGCGAUUGAAACCCCGAUGCAGUACAUUUUUAUACAUCGGGUCCUGCAGUACUUUAUUCAGCCGAUGGUUGGCGAUUUGUAUGAAUUUCGUCUUGAGUACAGGCAAUGGCUUGAUGAACGAGCUCAGAGACCUUUCUUGGAUGAGGUUGGACAACAGAUCCCAGGAUAUCGGUGUCUCUCUCCCUCAGUUGAUGCAGAUUUAGUGGUUCGCACGAGGCAUGUUGAUUUGAAUGAUUCUUGUAAAGAAAUUUCUGAUACUGUUGGUCAACUCCCGCUACCAAUGGAAAUGAGUCACAAAUUUAAUAGCGAAUUGAAGCUGUCCAAAAAGUACCCGCGUGGUCUACGUUAUGAGUAA